CUACCUGCGAUAAAAAUUUACUUCAACUCAGAUUGUUUUUGUCAUUCAUCGUGAAAGGACCUCAUCAUGUUUUUACUAAUUUCCCUCAUUUCACUCCCAAUUUUGGGAUUUUUAUACAUAAAAUACCUGUUUUCUUAUUGGACUCGCCAGGGAUUCGAUCAAAUCGAGCCCGAAAUCCCGUAUGGCAACAUGAAACCGUUUAUGCAGAACAAAAAAGCUUUUGGUGUCCAAAUUUGGGAAUUAUAUAACAGCACAAAAAAAGCAUUUAUCGGCAUCUACAUCAUGUUCAGUCCAAGUUUACUCGUUCGCGAUGUUACGUUAGCGAAGAAAAUCUUGGUGGAAGACUUCAACAACUUUACGGAUCGCGGAAUUUACAUGAACGAGAAGCGAGAACCGCUUUCAGUGUCGUUACUUUCGUUGCCGGGACAUCGUUGGAAGCAUUUACGCCAAAAAAUGACGCCAUUAUUCUCAUCUGGAAAGCUUCGGAACAUGUUUCCGACCGUCAUGACGGAGGUAAAUCGUCUCGAGAGCUACAUGGAGACCCAAUCAAACGCCAAUUCCGUUGUCGACAUGAAAGAUAUUCUCCUAAACUUCGUCUUGAACGUCGUUGGAUCGAUCUUUUUCGGGAUCGAAGUCGAUAUGAUCACAAAUCCGGAUCAUCCGUUCAAGCAAACGCACUUGGAAAUGAACGAUCCGUCGUUUUUGAACAAACUUCGCGGGUUUUUCUCCUUUUUGGCACCAAGUUUGAUGGAUUUGUUCCGACUUUCCGUCUUCAGUGCAAGUGUUAAGAAAUUUUUCAUCAACAUUACGAACGAAAAUGUCGAAUUUCGUGAAAAAAACAACUUUUCGCGGGCAGAUUUCCUUCAGCUGAUGGUCGAAUUGAGACGCGCCGAUGCCGCCGAUGGAAAAUUAAAAUUCAGCACGACAGAAAUUGCCAGCAACAGCAUCUUAUUUUACAUGGCUGGCACGGAAACGACUUCAGCAACGGCCAGCACAUGCUUGUACGAGCUCGCCCUGCAUCCGGACCUCAUGAAACGCGUGCAAACCGAAAUCGAUGAGACCCUGGCGAAACACGAGGGCGUCAUCAGUUACGACAGCAUCCAGGAAAUGGAACUUUUGGAAAUGUGUAUUAAGGAAACUUUACGAAAAUAUCCCGGAUUGCCGAUGCUGAAUCGCGAAUGCACCAAAGAUUUCAAGAUUCCAGACUCGGAUUUGACCAUCAAAAAGGGAACGGCGAUCGUAAUUUCCACCAUGGGAUUCCAUUAUGACCCCAAAUAUUUCGCUGAACCGGAAAAAUUUAUUCCCGAACGCUUUAAAAAGGGCGAAGAAACGUACAAUAAAGACGCUUACAUGCCUUUUGGUGAUGGGCCGCGACAAUGUAUCGCCGUGCGGAUGGGAAUGGUCGUCGCGAAAGUUGCUGUCGUUAAGCUUUUGACCAAAUUUAACUUUGAAACGGUCGACGGGAAGCCAAUUGAGUUCGAUACACAUGCAGUGGGACUCGCGUACAAGGGAGGAUUGCCCCUAAAAGUGCAUAAACGUUAAAAAAUUUGAUUUAUUUGUAUUUGGUUCAGUUUAUUUUUCAAUAACUCGUUUGUUCAACCGCAUCAAUAAUAAUUUUCACUUGAUAUUUUUAACAAUUUCUUAAUUUUUAAAUAAAUACAUGACACAGACACCAUUCAAAAAAGUUGAUAAUCCAUUAUUCAACAAUAUUUUUGUUUGCAAUAACCAUUUUAACAGUGUUUUAGUAUAUUUUUUAUGU